AUGCCUGUUUCACCGGUGACUGAGACUGGAUCUGGGUCUCAUGAUCAUGAGGCUGGGGACGACGCACUAUCUCAAGCUAUGUUACAAAUUUUGGAAAGGGUCGCUAGGCCCAAUAUUGGAGCUGAAGGUCGAGGGUCAGUUAUGGAACGACUCCGGUCUAAUGGAAUUGAGAUUUUUUGGGGUAUUACUGGAGUUUCCCCUAACGUGGCUGAGUACUGGAUCAAGGCCAUAGAAAGGAUUAUGGACGAUUUGGACGGCACCCUCGAGCAGAAACUAAAUGGUGUAGGGUCACUGCUGAGAGAUAUGGCUUACCAGUGGUGGCUUACAGUUAAGGAGCACAUUCAGCCCGAUCAACUGACCUGGAAGCUCUUUAAGACUACUUUCCAGGGAAAAUAUGUGGGUGCCAGUUAUGUGGAUGCCUGGAGGAAGGAGUUUCUGAAUCUGACUCAGGGGGAUAGAUCAGUAGCUGAAUAUGAGGCCAAGUUCUUGCGACUAAGCUGCUAUGCGCAAGGGAUGGUGGCGACUGAGUAUGAGCAAUGUGUUCACUUCAAGGGUGGCCUUAGGGAUGGUUUACGAGUUCUGAUAGCUCCACAGAGGGAGCGAGACUUUGCUGUACUGGUUGAUAAAACGAAGAUCGCCAAAAAGGUUAAGCGUGCUGAGUGCUAG